AUGCAAAGUGAUUCAAUGAGCGACGAAGACAGCGAUUUCGAUAUGGACGUUGAAGAAGGAACAGCAGUAGGUAUAGGAUUUGCCCUAGGAUGGCGCUAUAUGGCGCCAUCCUAGGGCAAGCGAAAAUUGGCUCCACACGGGAACCGUAUUCCACGUGCGGAGCCAUUUUUCCACGUGUGGAAUCCACAUUUUUCCACGUGUGGAAUCCACAUUUUCCCACGUGGAAAAAUGGCUCCACACGUGGAACACAAUUCCCGUGUGGAGCCGUGUCUCCAAUUGCCCGAGGAUGGCGCAAUAUAGCGCCAUCCUCGGGCAAUUUCUAUAGCAUUCAAGUAUCUGUUAUAGAACCCCAGAAUAUAAAGCCAGCUACUAAAGAAAAGACUCCUGAAAGUAGCGAUGAAGAUUUCGAUGAAGAUGAGAGUGGAAGCGAAAGCGAGAAAAACCCGCCAGCAAAGCCUAAUCCACCUGAAAAUAAAGAAACUGCAAAAGAAGCUUCGAAGAUCCCUCAACCAACCAAGCUUCCAACUCCAAACCCUGCCCCUAAGCAAAACAUACAGCUUGAUUCUAAAAAACAAACAAACCAUUCAGCCGAUUUAAAAUCCUCAGCCCACACAAAGGCUAAUAGCACUGAAAAAAGUAAAGAAGUUGUAAAAAAAAUAGAAAAAUCUUUUUCUCACUCACUCCCCCCCCUCUUUAAAUUGGAACAAAAUAUGGUAAAAUUUCCACUUUUUGGUAAAUUAACCCCUUUAAAUUGGAACAAAAUUUAAUUUUAUAAUAAAAAAUUAUAUAUAAUUUUUAUAUAAAAAGUUUUGAUAUAAGCUAAAUGCUUCUUCUUAACUAAAAUUAAAAAUUUAGUUAUAGCUUGCUCUUGUAUAAAGAAGAGAGUAUAAAGAGCAUCUUAUUUAAAUAAAUUUAUUAUCCUUAAUUGCUAAAUUUAGAAAAACAUUUAAUUUUUUUUUUUAAAAGUUUUUCAAAAAAAAUUUUUAUUUUUUUUAAUAAAAAUGAUAUUUUUUAUUUAAAUAGUUUUGAUAUAAAAAUUCAAUGCGAAUUCUUUAUAAAAUUUCAAAACUUACUUAUUUCUUGCUUUAUUUUAAAGAAUAGAGUAUAAAUAACAUCUCAUUUAAACAAAAUUAGCACUUUGAUCGAUAAAUUUUCUAAAUUUUUUUUUUUUUUAAUUUUUUUUUUUAUCAAUAAAAAUAAUAAUUUUUGUGUAAUAAUUUUGAUACGAUUAAUAGUGGCGUAUUAACUAAUAUUAAAAAUUUAGUUAUAUCUUGCUUUGUUUUAAAGGAUAAAGAGUAAAUAGCAUUUUAUUAAACAAAUUUAUUGAUCUAAUUCGAUAAGUUUUUGAAUUGUUUUUUAUAAAAUAUUUUAUAUUGAUUUUGUUUUUAAAAAAAAAAAAUUAACCCCCCUUUAAAUUGGAACAAAAUUUUUUGUUCCAAUUUAAAGGGGGGGAGUCAGAGCUUGACUUUGGCGAUAUUAUGGCUCCAAAAUCUGAACAUAAAGAAAAUAUGAAAUCUCGAUUAUUUUUUUAAUAAAAAAAUUUUAAUAAAAGGGAGGUUUGGAUAGAAUAUAUCUCAAGUAAAAUAAAAUUGCUAAAAUCGAGUAAUAAAAUAUGAUAUAUUGAUGUUGAAGAGAGAUUUUAUAAAUAUCAAGAAAAAGUCAAAGAAAAGGUUGAUAAAAUUGCUAAAGAUAUACAUCAAGAGGAAUUUAAAGAAUGCACAUUUAAGCCCUCUGUCAAUGCAGAUGGCAAUAAAAGAACUGUAGACGAGUUUAUAAGUGAAAUGCAAAAUUAUGAAAAAAAGAAGCAAGAUAAAUUAAAUGCAAAGAGAGAAGAAAACAUAAAAUCACAAAGUUUAACUGAGCAAAGCUUCCAGCCAUCUAUUUGUGAAAAAUCAUUGCAAAUUCUUGCGAAAAAGGGGGAGAGCAAUGAACCUGUUCAUGAGAAAUUAUUCUUUUUAUAUUAAAUUUUAUAAAAUCACUGAUACAUGAAAACUAUUUUUAAUAAAAACAAAUACCAAUUUAAAUGUUAGCACUGAUAUCCCUAGUUAAAAAUAUUAUUAUAUUCAAAAUGAAAAAGACUGAAAACAGUAAACAGGUCAAGAAAAUUUUAGAAGAACAAGAGAAAAUUGAAAAAUCCCAGUUUAAACCAACUGUCAAUACAAAAUCCAAAGGACUUAAAAGAUCUGGCUCAAUAGACAAAAUUUUAUAUGAUGAUGCUGUAAGAAGAAUUCACAAAGAGCAAGAAGCCCCAAGUCCUCCAAAAGAAAAAUUCAUAAGCAGCAAAUCUGAACAAGUUUUAAUUGCAAAGCUUAAAAAAGAAAUGCAAGAAGCCUUUACAUUCCUUGAUCCUGAAAAUGAAGAUAAAUUGAACUACUCCAAUACUGUUCAAUUAUUAGAAAAACUUUUCUUAAUCAAAAAUAAACCUGAAAACAAUAAAAAUUCUGAAGAAAAGGAGCUUGUGAUAAAAAUGUGAAAGCUUUUAGGCGGUGAUAGCGGAUUUGCAAGUAUCCAUUUUAAUGGGAAUAUAUCAAAAAUACCAUUUAAUUAGCCAGCCUUACAUAUUUGAUUUAAUGAGAAUAGGAAAAACCUUGAAAUUUUUAUUAUGGGAAUAAUGAAUUAUUACCAUCCUGAAAUGAGUGCUUCUAUUGAUCAAUCUUCAUCUGUCACAAGCUCAAUAGGAAGGCUUGUAGAUGGAGAAUUCGCUCUAUUAGAAGAUGAAGUAGCCAAGCUUCAUAGAGUAUUUUAUAUGUUCUAUGAAAACAGAACCAAUCAAACACAUCAUUCCAAUAUAAAUCCUACAUACAAAAAUAGAGUGGAAUAUACUUUUCGUCCACAAAUAUAACCACUUAAAAAGAAUAUGCACAAAAAUUUAUUAAUCAUAAUUCACUAUUUAAAUAAAUUGUUUUUUUUAUUAAAUUCUCCCACAAAAAUUAUAAAUAAAGACAGUUCGAAAAUGGCUGAUGGCGUAAAACUACGCAGGACUGAAAGUUUAGGCACCAAUAAAAGCCAUGAAGACUAUUUGAUCUCAGAAAAGCAAAAAGUUGAUGAAAAAAUAAACAAGCUUAAAAAAGAAUACGAACAUGAAAACCGAAAAGAAUGCACAUUUAAGCCUUCAAUUAACAAAAAACCAGCUUACAAAAUGGCAGAAAAAAACCCAAAGGAUACACUUUCUGAGGAAUAUAAAAAAAUAAGUGAAGAUCCAAAUGUGCAUCGCUCAGUUGCCUUAUAUAACUUAUCAGAAAUUGAAAGAAAAAGAAAAGAAAAACUUGCAAGAACUGCAGAAGAGCUUGAGAUAGAAAAAGCUCAAGCGGAAUGCACAUUUACUCCUAAACUUGAAAAGCCGAUUUUAAAUGAAAGUGCUGAUUUAUUAGAAAAGAAAGGGGUAGCAGAAACAGUGAAUAGGAUGAGAAGGGCGAGAGAAGAACAAGAACUAAUAAAAAAUAUGAAAGAAAGAGGGUUUACUAAUAAAGGUGAGUUGAAACCUUUGAAUUUUUCCAUGGAAUCUGAGAAGCCAAAAUCUUCUCUUUCUCAUUCGCAGUCUCAGACAAUUUCUAAGCCUCCUCUGCCAUCAGGGAAGUUUAAGCAGCAAAGAGAUUCACAUAAAGCACUGAAGCAAGAAAAAGAAGAGAAGAGAGAGACUAGUAUGGAAAAUAAAUCAUAA